GCGAUUCGCGACCUUUUAGUGAUUGGUGUUUAUAAUAGAGACAUUCAAAAACGUUUGUGCGAUGAAGAUGAUCUCACUGCUGCUAGGGCAGAGAAAUUGAUAAUGAAUCACGAAAUUUCUAAUAAUAGAACAAGUGUAUUGAAAGAAGAUGAUGAGCAUGACACAUCAUUAAUUGCUCAUUUGGGUAGAAAAGAGAUUCGAUCUCGUUCAAAGCAGAGAUACAGAGGUAGAAGCAGAAGUAACAAUCGUAACGUAUCCUUUUCACCUAGAGAUAAAAAAGAAGGUUACAGUGAUCGAAGAUAUGGGUUGGAUAAACCAUCAUAUGUGUGUUCUUUUUGUAAGAGAAGAGGGCACACUCGUAAAUUUUGUUAUAAAUUGCAUGGCAGAGAUAGAUACCGAGCAGAAGUCAAAUUUCUAGGUUCACCUAAAGAAAAUGCAACCGAGGGUUCAGUCGAAAAUUUUAAAAGAUCAAAGCAUGAUAAGGAAGAAGAAGAUGAUGAUGACGAUGAUAUGUCUUGUAUGAUGAUUUCCGCGGUAAAUUAUAUUAAUGAACCCUGUUAUGUUGACGUUUUAGUAGAAAACAGGAGUAUACAAAUGGAAAUUGACAGUGGGUCUGCUGAGACCGUUAUUUCAGAAGCAUUAUUUUUGAAGAGUUUUUCACAAAACAAGCUUUUACCCUGCAAUAAAAAUUUAGCAGUGAUUGAUGGCAAAAGGUUGAAGGUUCUAGGAAGGUUGAGUGUGUCAGUAGAGUUUAAAGGAAAAAGGCAACAACUUUAUCUGAUUGUACUUCGGUGUGACAACAAUUUCAUACCAUUGAUGGGUCGCACCUGGUUGGACUGCCUAUGUGCGGGAUGGAGAAAUAAUUUCUCGUUACGGAUUCAGGAACGGAAAGUUCACAAGAUUGGCAUGGAAGAUUAUAUUGAUGAGUUGAAAAAUUUCACUCGGUGGCAGAAUUGUAAUGGCACACAGGCAACAGCUAGAAGUGCCCAUUGAUUGUCAACGCAAAUCGGGUCCUGAUUUUGUUAUACAUGAAGGUAACCGGGAAACAAAUUCCAACAAACGGAGAAGAGAAGACGUUGCUGAAAUAGAGGAGCAGGAGUCCGAUCAGGAACCAGAUUUCUAUGGAUUCGCGGCUGAUUCAUUUCUUUUUGGAGAAAGAACUCCUAUCGAAGACCAAGUAAAUGAUAGGAAUACAACUAUACAAUCGAGUGUUCUCAGAAGAUCAGAUCGAAAUAUGAUUAAGAAGAGGAAGAAAGAUUUUUUGUAUUAUUAGCUCCAUAUUAGAAGUUAUUUUUAUCUAAGGCUUUGCUGUAAACACAUUGAAUUAUAAACACAGACUAACAGACAGGACACUCAAAUUAGAUUCUUCAAUCAUUUUAACUGUCAUUUCGAAUAUUCCUUUAUUUGGGACAGUACUCACAUGUGUUAUGAUGGCGCCACGUUACCCUAUCAAAAACAUCCUGUCUGUCAUCUAGACUGUGUUUAUUUUUUUCAUUUACCAACAGAGUUGCCAUUUAUACAGAAUUACCUGUAAUGUAUUGAUAUGUAUUUGCAUUUGUAUGCGAAUUUCAUGCAGGAUACAGAUUUAAUACAUAUUGCCAAAACUAUAUACAAAAUUGUGCCUACCUCUCAUCCUUCAACGCAAUACAAAAUCGAACCCGUUUAGUGGCAAUAUUUACUUGCUUCUGAUCUGCCGCCACUUAAUUUCGGGUGAAAAUUACCAACACAAUAAAAAAUAGUCUAGAUGAACAAUGUUGAGAAAAAUAAAUGGUUACCUUCCAACAUCGCUAAAAAGUUUAAUAUAUUAUUAACGUAAUAUAAUAAUUUACUGUGACGAUUCAUUUCCAAAUAUUAUGAUGAAAUCAGGCAUCCCUGCAAGCAGCUGAUCGGUGUUGACAAACGAGGGGGAACCAACUAGUAAAUUAACUUUUACAUAACACAAGGGGUGUACCGAUAGUAAAUAGUUCGCGCAGUAUAAUAUAGGUGGAACUAGUGCAUCACGAAAAAUUAUUUUUUAUAAGAAUUUACUCAUACUGUCAUGUCUGUUAGUCUGUGUUAUAAAUGUAUUCGUUUUGAAAAAAGGGAGGAGUUGUUAUGUAGGUGCUGAAGAGAUCGAAACCCAGAAGAGAGUUUCACUCUCAAGAGAGAAAUAUUAAGUUUGCUUGCCAUGUACCGAGAGUUCUGAAUUAUAAGUCAUUCGAUUACCUUACAUCAGUUAAACCAGAAGUGUUUCAGUGACGCCGAAUUUCAUAUAUUUUAUCUACAUAUUCUUUGUUCGUAACCGCCUGGCUUUGUCGGCCUUUUUGGA